GGUGACGUCUUCGCCUGCGUGAUGACGCCGUCCCUCCCGGCGCGUGCGCGCUGACGUACCCAAAUCGCGGCUUGUCAAGUUUUGUUGUGGGAACUGCAACAUUUUUUUUGUUUACGCAUUCAAGCACUGGCACACGAACCAAAACACCCGGCAGAGUUCCCAAACUCUCAUUCUCCCGGGAAUUUCUCGGCGCCCCGGGCUUUUCUCAAAGGCGCGGAAACCAAAUGACACCGGCCGUUCCGCCAGCCGCGGCCCCGCGUUCGGCAGCCGGCUCCCUCCUAGGCCUUUAGCCGAGGGCCUCGCCCGCCGCCUCGACCUCGCCUGGAUUCCCCGCGGGAACUGGGUGAUCCCGGCUCGGUCGAGACCCUCGGGUCCGCAAGGUGCGGGAUAGGCAUGGCGUGAGGCGGGGGUGAAGGUGUGGCAAAGGCGGGCGAAGCGAGGCGAUGGCUACUGCCUCCUCCUCUUCUGCUGCUGCUGCUGUCUCCGCAGCAGAGGCGGAGCGAGGAGCCGCGGACGGUCUGGACCCCAGGAUCAAGGAGGAACUGGAGAAAUUAAACCAAGCAAGUGAAGAAAUCAAUGAGCUGGAAGUGAAACUCACAGCGACCAGAGCUGAGUACUGCAGGGUCCUGUCUGAAUCGGCAAAGAAGCUAAAUGUGUGCGCAACGAAGUUGGGCAGCUGUGUGGAGCGGGCACGGCCUUAUUAUGAAGCCAGACGGCAAGCCAAAGAGGCCCAGGCGGAGGCACAGCGCGCUGCACUGCGGUACGAGCGUGCCGUCAGCAUGCACGCCGCCGCCAGGGAGAUGGUGUGCGUGGCCGAGCAGGGCCUGGCCUGCAGGGGCGGCACCCUCGAUCCAGCCUGGCAAGAGAUGCUCAAUCAUGCCACCAUAAAGGUGAAUGAUGCAGAGGCCGACCGCCUGCACAGUGAGAGGGAACACCAAAGCCGGGCGCUCCGCUCCCAGAAUGCCGAGCGGCACCUGCAGCAGCUGGCAUCGUCGCUGCGCCGCGUGGUGAUGAAGUCGCGCCCGUACUUCACUCUCAAGGCCACGCUGGGAGCUCAGCUCGAGGAGAACAAAUCCAACGUGACGUCGCUCGAAAAGAAGGCCCGCGAUGCCAAAGCUCGCUAUGCAGCCGCCCUGCGGAGCCUCGAGAAGAUCAGUGAGGAGAUGCAUAAAGAACGGCAGCUUCGGCCCCAGCAGCAGCGGAAGCAGCCGUCGCCGCAGCCCGGCCAGCUGCCGACCAAGCAACAGGAACCCGAUCAAGAGAACCAGCAAAUCAAACAACAACACAGGCAUCAAGAGCUGCCAAAUGACCUUCAAAUUCACAGAGGAGAGUGUGCACCACAGACGCAGAGCCGGCAGCAAACGCAGUCACGGCAAUCCAGCAAUAAGGAAGCAGGAAGUUCUGGCGAUGGAACUGCAUCCCCGGAGUGGGAUUCCCAUGAUCCCCUGGGUGUGGCUCCGCUCUCCGCCGUUCCCACCAUCAAGCUGAGCCGCGCGGAGACCGGCGCCACCUCGGAGUCCGGUUCGGAUGAGGAUCUCAUUGAGGCGGUGCAAGUGAGCGUGCCGACACUCACCUGCGUUCCAGAGCUCGAUGCCGUGGGCGAAUUUUACUUGCCGGAAGAUGAGGUGGAGGAAGAGGAGGCGGAGGAGGAGGAGAAGAACGUUGUGCAGUGGGAUGGUCUGCCACCACGGCAGGGCAGGAAGCACCCAGAGCGAAGUGUACGCGAUGUCUUGGGGGCGGAGGGCCAGGCCAUGCCCCCGCGAUUCCGGGACGGAUCGGAAGGUGGCACGACCCGCUCCCUAGCGGCGCUCAACGCCCUCCGCUCCGACGCUGACCUGGAAUUCGCGCUGAGCUUCCAUGCCGCGGAAUCGGAGCUGGCGCUGCCACCGGACGCAUGGCCCGAGCCGGACGGCGACUCGUUGUCGCUGGGAAGCCUGCGAAGCUUCGCAUCCGACCUGCAGAAGUGCGACUCGGUGGAUCACCUGGCCGGGCUGGCCGACACCCUGAGUCUGUGUGGGAGCGACGGAGCAGCCGGGCCGAGGGCAGGAAGUGAGGGGCGAAGAGGGACAGCGACGGCGGUGUCGACGGAGGCAGAGGCACAGGCGGCCGCGGCCGCAGGGGGCUCGGCGCUCUGGGUGCGAGGGAGCAGUAAGCAGCACCAGCGCAGCAUCAGCAUGUGACUACGGUGGUCGGUGUCUCGAGCAGUACAGGCAAUUGACCCUGGAGUGUGAGCGUGUGAGUCAGUAAGGGGGGUUACCUAUCAAGACAACAAGUGUAUCCGUGUUCAAAUGAGUGUGGCGUGCCACUCCUUCUCCAUUGGCUCUUCAUUGCUGAUUGUGGAAAUGCUGCAUUCCUUUGUCAGCCCAGUCUCUGCAUAAGGUGACCGCUGAUGACUUCCCACACACAAGUGCUCAGCUUAUUGGCCCAGGAGCCAUGGUAAGGGCAGUGUGCUCAGUUGGCCCUGGGCAGCUAGAAUUUGAACUUUGCAACAUUUUGAUUGAUAAAUUGAAUGCUCUGGAACAAGCACAACCAGGCUGGAUAUGUAGAGAGAUUAUUAUUGAAUAAAAAUACCAAAUUACUGAGCAAUGCGGCAGUGCUUAUCUCCUUCAUUGGUGCGCCUGAGUCGGGGUGGAAACUUUACUUUUUUGCCACAGGAUUUAAUCUCGAGCUUUCCACAAAGUGCCCACCCACCUCAAGCAACCCUGAUAGGAUGAAGGACUUUCUAAAAGAGAAAAGUAUCUAGGCCUUGAACUGGCUGCCUGUCUGCCCCUCUUGAAAUUUAAGCUCGAGUGGAAGAAGGGGAGAAGGAAUGUAGAGGGAGGAGUUAGCAGUGGCGAUGACUUGGGGAGGGGCGGGAGGGCGUUCCAGACAGUGCAGCACUAAUCAUCUGCCCGCUCGUUUGAGCACUGGGACACUUGUAUUGAACGCAUGUGGGACGACGGCCUGAGUUGCAAAAUCAAAAUGUGCGUGUGUGUGUCUACGUGAAAACGAGCCCUUUUUGAGUUGUCCUCUGCUUUACUUAACGCUGACCCCCUAUAUCACGUGCACUCCAAUAACACUACUGAUAAGCAUUUAAUGCUCUGUGCGCAACCAACAUUGUAACGCUAUUCGUAUCGCCUGCUUGACGGCUAAGAACGAAUGGCAAGUCGUACGAUUUAAAUAACGGGUCACUGCUGUCAUCCAUCAAGUAUCGGGUGUCUGAAAGAGUUAUUAUUUGGAUUUUGCUGGUGUGCAAUGCCACUUCUAGGCGUCUGGGGGUAUGUGGGUUAUAUGUCUGUGUCCGCGUAUGCAUGAAAAUUUAUUGUACAGCACUGGAAUUUGAUAUGAAGCAAGCUUGGCAGCUUGAAUGUUUAAAUAUAACUUAUUUUUUGUAAGCUAUUUUUUUAUAUUAUAUCAAACGUAUAGUGAACGAUUAUUUAGGCUUAAUUUAAUAACCUACUAAGUGGCGUUUUGUUAUGCAUUUCACAUAUUCAACUUGGCACCUGUGAAUAUUCGAAAAUCUUAUCGAGUUGACUGAGAUGGCGCGGAAUACUCAGUGGUUGUCGUACAGCCACUGAGGUGGCACUACUGAAAUCCAGAGUUUUAACUCGGGUUCGAGAGUCUCACCUGUGAAUUAAAUGGGCAUUCUCAAUUCUAGAGAGGUGAUGAGGCUCAAUCUGAUCAAUAAAUACUGCAGAAAAAUCAAACUCAAUAAAUGCGGUCUAUGGUCAAUUCAGCCGAGCUCUGAUUAAAAUCUGUGAAGGUAUGGGACUGACUGCUACGUGGCAAAGCACUCUUUGCACCAUAGUGUAAAAGAGGAGAAAUCUAGCUUUGAGUGGCAGAGGGCUGAUUGAAGUGGUUCAGUUCUAUCUCUCCGAGGGCUGUUCUGUGACGUGAUCUUCUGCCGGCUAUUUGAAUUGCAGAAGAAAGCUUAUUUUGUAUCGUGCCAUUACUGUGAUACGUAGUCCUAAAAAAAGACAUUGUUUCGUAAGUGGAGCGAGUUGUACAUAGGACAUGAUCAGUCUUAACUGAAGGUACACUCUACUAUGCGUUUCACAUUACAGCCAUCGCCACCCGUGUUGAGAGUGAACUUUGCCUGGACACAUUGCCUUAACCAGAGUGUAUGGCGCUGUGUGUGUACGUUGCUUGGUCUCUCGUGUGGGUAUGAACAACACCAGCGUUACUAGAGCCAACUGAUAUUGAGUAGCAGAAAAUGUAUAGCAUAACUUUAACUGAUGCUGCCCCCCCUCCCCCGCGUAAUGACCAGCACACUGGACUUGCAAUCCAGAGGUUACCUAUUCGAUCUCGCACUGCUGUUAAACAGAGGGCAGGUUUCUUAAACCGUCCUCCAUCCCCCCCCCGGCUCUGUCCACCCAGCAGUAUAAAUUGGUACACCACAUUUGAUCGUUAGGUCACGUGUGGUGGGUAAAGCUUGGGUAUUCCCACCUCUUCCAAGACGUCUGGUCAGUGUGGAAGAGUAGGAUAAAAAAAAAUACCAUAUAGGGGGACUUUAGAGCUGCCCUUAGAGGAGUCGCUUCUACCAGCAGUGGUGUGAGCAAGAUAUUGCAACAUAAAAAUGUAAUUGAAUACUCAAAAUCAAAAUAGGUUUUUAAAUGUCAAAGUGUCUCUGCUCAAACUAACGUGACGUGACACUCGUCUCUGUCGUAUGUAUGUUGAAUUUUAUUUUGCACCGUAUGUAGCCAAGCGUGAUAUUGGUGGCCCUCGGCCAGCAAUGGAAAUCCGACAUUGUUAGCCUGCCACAAAUUAGUACACAAGCAUUGUUAGCCUGCCACAAAUUGAUACACACAGACAGACGAUGGGCUGAGUUGAACUGCUCUCUGACCGUUGAAAUUAAAACCUUCCAACAGCUCUAGACAAGGUGGUGCCUGGGUUUGUUACUAAAAUAGCUGCGAUUAACACAAGGGUGGUUUAAAUAUAUAUUUAUUUUUUACUUGCGUUGAAUGUAGUUUAUUGUGAGUUCAAAUAGCUGUGCGCACUUUUACAUGAUAGGUAAUACGUGGUUUGUGCUUUAUGUUUUGGACAGAAAAAUGUAGAAAGUUUAACUUAAAUAUAAUUGUAUUUUUUACGUGGCUGUCAAAACCUGGCAUGACCGAACUACUGAUUCAUUAAUCUUAGGCACUGUGCACUCUUUGGUAAUCAUGCAUUGCUGUAAUCAGAUUCAUUUUGCUCAGCUUGUACUGAUUACUUAUGAAGAUGACUCUCAGUUACAAAUAAUUGAAAGGUAGUUAAAAGUAAUUGGGUUAAUAAAAUCCAUAAAUGACGAUAAAGCCCCGCCAUCGUAACAGGACUAAGCUGGAAAACUACGAGUUUCAAAUAUCACACGCACAGACACGUGUUACUCAGCGCACGUGUACUCGGUACACGAGUGCGUUAAGCAAAAAAACAAUCGGAAUUUCCUGCAGUAAUACAUUGCGGUCCUCUUAUCCUCGGUCAAAAUAAAUGCGAGUACACGUGACCGGGCUGACUUAAUUUAUCCAUUAUUAUCUUUGUUACGCGCGCACAAAUUGAGCCUGAAACUAUGUAUAUAAUGUAUGUUGAACUUCUUUUGCACCGUGCUUAGCCAACGGUGCUAAUCGGAAUGUGUGAGAGUACAUCCCGUGGUCACAUUUAACCGUGGGAGGUGGAGACGUACAUGGUUUCCACGGGCAGACUUCGCAGCAGUGAGCAUUUGUGACGACUGUACCGAUGAGUCCGAAAAUGACGGAACAGGUCGACAAUGCAAGGACGGCAGCGGUCGACUGCACACAGAAUCCACCACAGGCUGAAAUGUAAUUAGAGUGCUGUUAGGUUGACAUUAAGGACAACGUAUUUGAAUUAAACAAGUUUAUUAUUAUAAAAUAUCAAAGUAUGGACGCUGUGUUUAUUUGAAAAUGCUAAAUAUUGGAUUAUUGUUACAUUGCUUUUAAAACAUGGAGCAAUCAGUUGACAGACUGAUUAUAUUGCUUAAGCCCCAAUCCCGCACCUCUUAAUUCUGACCAAUAUACAUCCGGUUAAUAUAUACACUGCGGAAAUCAAAACACAUUGUACAACGUAAAUCAAUCACUGUCGCUGCAACUAAUAAUAUAAAAUGUGUGUGUGGGGCUAUGGCGACAAAUGAAUACUAACGGACUACGUAAUCAACCGUGAUGCUUAUGCACUGUCAGCAAGGUAGCGCCUUCUCAAGUGACAGCAUUAAACAUUUAUAGAGAGGGCAUUGACGCGGCAGUCAAAAGCUAUGUCGUGUGUGACCAUAGUGCUCAACGCCAGCGCACACUUUUUAAAGGCCCCCCCCCCUCGCACACCAUACAGGUGUUCUUCUUUAGGCGUAGUCACUCCCAGUGACUUCGUGUAUGCCCCGUAGCACAGGUGGUGCCGUAUAGCCGGUGGUCUUUUAAAAAGCAGAUAAAAAUGGAACCGUUACGUUUGUGAACAUCACUAAAUUUAACGUCAGUCUUUUGCUGCUCUUAGCAAUUGUUGCAUGGUGGCUGCCAUGAUAUGUGGCCGGGUCCCUGCAUUGAUUUAAUCACUCUUGAUUUAUGCUACUGUUGGAUGUACACGUACAGUCAUUUGUCAGUCCACUGCUGGAUGAAGGCCUCCCCACACUUCAAGCUGUAAGGGGGGGGGCAUUAUAUAUAACUUUACGUCUACUACCACCACGCUGGGCCAUGUAUGUUGACGGAAAUGGGGAGCAUAGACGAGGGAACAUAGACGUGCAGUACAACAUUGCAUUCUGUUGCGCCACGGUCUACUGACCACCAUGUAGCACAGCUCCGCAUCCACCAAUGACAGCCUGGCAAGCGUGGGUGGUUGUCUAUCCGAGUAUUAUCUUUGAUCAAAUCCUGCUUAGCUUCUGAGAUGUGACAAUUGGGCGCAUUUUCGUCACAUGCUGUUAGGGUCGAUGGACCUACCGGCAUUGCACCACGUCGAAUGGGCAGGCAUUCAGCCACACUAACGACUUUGAGCCUGUGCAUCGUUUGGUUGAAAGUUUGUUUCGAGUCGUGCUAAGCCUGGAACUUUAAAUGUGUAAAUUGUUCGCAUUUCUUUGCACCGAUGUUGGACGAGUGUCCGCAAACACUUAAUGUUCAAAAUAAGACUACUGAAGUUGGUGUCUGCUACUGGGCUAUGGCGAUCAAGUGUGACUGCACGUGCGCUUGAUGUACAAUGACAUGCGUGUACGUGUGUAUGAUCAUACGUAAAGUGAAUGUAUGCAAACGUGUUGUGCAUCUACGUGUAGUGAGUUUACCCGAAAUGUAUGACAAAGUACAUCAUGCGUAUGCACAAUAGAACAAUAAAGAAUGUUGUUGCAUUUUUUA